AAAGUUUUUCAUCAAAGUUUUUUUUUCUGAAAUCUGAGCAGCACGAUAAACCAGAAAAGUAUUGAAAAUGUUCUGGUGCAUUAAAGAGGUUUUGGUAAUUCUCAUAGUGAAUGCAUCGGUAACAGGAGGACAAAAUACAACUAUUUCACCAUAUUAUUGUAAUUACGUUGACGUUGUUUUUGUCGUUGAUGGAUCGCGUUCGAUUUCUGGUGAAACAUUUGAAACCAUACGACAAUGGCUAACAUUAAUGACAUCCAGCAUCUAUGACAAACUUGAUUCGAAGGUUCAAAUCGGGAUAUUGCAGUAUUCCGGGAAAAAUGAAUUUGAAAUUCCAUUCAGAUUGGGAGAUUGCUUAUCAAAAAAUUGCAUGGAAAAAAAAAUAAUCAAUAUGACGCAAAUACGCCAUGGGACGUACACUUACUCCGCGCUCAAACGAAUUGUCGAAGUCGAAUAUCCCCAUUCUCCUAGAGCAAAUUUCUCUUCGAAGAGUCUUGUUUUAAUAACAGAUGGACAUUCAAACGAUGGCACAUAUUUACUGGACUGGUAUCACGAAUCGGUUGAGCGUAAUGUCACGUCAUAUGCAAUUGGAAUUGAUGAAUAUGACUUGACGGAACUGGAAAUUAUUGCCAAUGGCGGCGUUAGUGAAAAAAAUGUGUUUACAAUUGAAAACAUUGCCCUACCUGAUAUCUCAUUGUCACUGGUAGAAGACUUCUGUGAAGAUUUCUGUCGUGAAUCGAAAGUACGAUCAAAGCAUACUGAUUUCUAUAUUUUCAAACAAGCAAUCGUGAACACAUUGGUUCCUUCAAAAGAAACAUGCGCAAAUCCAGACGUCAAGUACACCGCAUCGAUACGAUGUGUGGAGAAAAAGAAUUUAGACGGGAGUGUUUAUGCAUAUUUUGAUAAAACAACCCUGAUGGAAGUACUUUGCAACAUUAGUUCCUAUGAUUUGUUAAUUGAGGUAAAGACUAAACGUGCAAAUACUUCGUCUGUUGAACGUUGCAUUGCUUCUGCAAAUGCCAUCUCUCAAAAAUUUUCUUCUCAGCGAGGUCAUGUCAAAGAAGAUGUUACAAAUGUAGUUAAAGUGGUUAAACUUCAAGUAAAGCCUUGA